AUGGCGAAUCUCGGUGAAGAGAAGAAGGAAGAGCUCAAGCUCUACUCUUACUGGAGAAGCUCCUGUGCUCAUCGUGUCCGUAUCGCCCUCAAUUUAAAAGGGAUUAAAUAUGAGUAUAUACCAGUGAAUUUGCUCAAGGGGGAUCAUCUCGAUCCAGAUUUCAAGAAGAUCAAUCCAAUGGGAUUUGUGCCUGCGCUUGUGGAUGGAGAUGUUGUGAUUUCUGAUUCUCUUGCCAUUUUGAUGUAUCUGGAUGAGAAAUAUCCUGAGCCACCUCUCUUACCUCGUGACCUCCAUAAACGUGCUCUAAAUUUCCAGGCAUCAAGUAUAGUCUUGUCUGGGAUACAGCCUCAUCAAAACAUAUCUGUUAUUAGAUUUAUCGAGGAGAAGAUAAGUAGUGAGGAGAAAAAUGCUUGGGUUAAUAACGCCAUCACGAAAGGAUUUGCAGCUCUCGAGCAACUGCUGGCGAGUUGCGCUGGGAAAUACGCGACUGGUGAUGAAGUUCAUUUGGCUGAUCUCUUUCUAGCACCACAGAUCCAUGGAGCAAUCAACAGAUUCCAGAUUAACAUGGAACCGUACCCGACUCUUGCAAAGUGUUACGAGGCAUACAACGACCUUCCUGCGUUUCAAAACGCUGUCCCAGAGAAACAGCCAGAUGCUCCUGCUCCUGCUCCCAGUCUCCCACCAUCUGAUUCUGUGAACCGCAAGCUUCUCUCAGCUCAAUAA